CGCCAAUCGCCACGCCAAUAUGAUUCGCAACAUUGCUUUGACCCUGGCCGUAGUGGUUGCAAGCCAUAUGUGCUUAGCGAACCCCGUACCAGAACCAGACCCUGUUCACAGAACACACGUGAGAAUUCACGUGCCAUAUGAAGUCCAUAGCGUACACCACCACCACGUUGAAACCGUUCCUGUGAUCAAAGAGGUCCCUGUGGUCAAACAUGUACCUGUCAUCAAAGAGGUCCCGAUCAUCAAAACCCUGCCUGUAGUCCAAACUGUUCAUGUACCAGUUCAUCAUACUGUGCAUGUUGAAAAACCAGUAUUCGUGCCCAUCAAAGAACACAUAUCGUUCUCCUCCUGGCAUUGAUAGACUGACAAU